AUGUCCAUCGAAAACUUAAAGUCUUUCGAUCCUUUCGCAGACACUGGUGACAACGAAACUACAACUGCCAACUACAUUCACAUCCGUAUCCAACAAAGAAACGGUAGAAAAACAUUGACUACAGUCCAAGGUGUCCCUGAGGAAUAUGACUUGAAAAGAAUUUUGAAAGUCCUAAAGAAGGACUUUGCCUGCAACGGCAACAUCGUCAAAGAUGAAGAUAUGGGUGAAAUUAUUCAACUCCAAGGUGACCAAAGAGCUAAAGUUUGUGAAUUUAUGAUCACUCAACUGGGCAUGAAGAAAAAGAACAUCAAAAUCCACGGUUUCUAA